AUGUCGACGCCGUCGCCAACCCAGUCGAAGUGUACCUUGGAGCCCGCAAACCUCCGUGACCAGGCCCAGGCAGACGAGCUCCUCCGCCAGCGCAAGAUAUGCGGCUGGAAAUCCAAGCCCGAAGACAUCACAUCGUGGCAGGAGAGGACGGCGGCGCGAACAAACACCCUCUUCUGGAUCAAACCGACCGCACAGCCAGACCUGCAAGUGGGACACAUCUCACUCGACAAGGUCGGGGACGGGUCGAGCCUGAAGAUCGCAGACCUCUUUGUGCUCCCGGAGCACCGCGGCGGCGGCAUUGCCACGGCGGCCUUCCAGACCUUGGAGGAGUGGGCCACCACGGAACCCUAUGGCUCAAAGAACUGCAAGGCCCUCUUGGUGGACACCCUGAGCCGGAGGUACUCUGAGGAGGAUGAGUACCGGCUGGAGUAUUUCCGGCUGACUGGGGUGGAGCCGAAGCCGAAGGGUGCAACUAAUGAGGAGUGGUAUACCCGGAUGGGUUACGUGAAAUAUAAGGAAGAGCCGUCAUAUCCCGCUCGAGAGAACCGGCCUUGCGGAUUGCUUCUGGCUUCGUUCCUGAAGAAGGAAAUACGAUGA